AUGAGGAUGAGUUACUUUGCGCGUUUUUGCUUCUGUUAUUAUUUUUUAUCCGUGGUGGUGAUCCACGUGUCCGUGGGUGAAAUGUACACGUCGCUGUUGAACGUGAAACAGGCGAUCAGCGUGGAACGGAAACUGAUCGAUCACCUGAAAACGUAUAUUGACAACGAGCAGGAGAGACUGGAGGACAUCAGGCGGUGAGUGGCGUGAAUGAUGAUGACACUGUGGAGAUGUAUGAAUUUUUUUAAUGAUAUAAAGUAAAAUAUUUCAAGGUUUGAAGACUGAAAAAAACUGAAAAAUCAGAAUUAAAGGGAAAAUCCGUCAAAAUCCAGAGCUGUGGUACAGUUUACAUGGACGUGCAAUACUCUGGUGAUGAUUUCACCCAGUGACAAAUCCUGAGUUUCCUCCACAGACAGACGGUGAAUAAUGAUGGAAAAAGCUCGUGGACAUGUGGAGGUUUGACCAGGAUAUAAUAAGAUUUUAGACCCACAGCUGAGGAUUAACCUCAUUAUGAUCUCACAGCAAAAAACUCAACAAGCUGUGUCUAAAGUUACAACGAUUGCAGCAGUCUCUUGAAUCAAACAGUAACAAAAAUACACACAUUUUCUAAUUAACUGCAUUUUCCUCAAUCAAAAAGAAAAAAAAUGCAUGUCUGACAUGGGAACAAGACUUUUUGAACCACCUCUCACCACUCAUGACUGAAGAGCUCCUUCCUCUGUGGAAAUGACUGGCACUCUUUUUGUGGUGGAGCGUGUUUGACCAUAAAACUUUAAACAGAAACCUUAUUGUGGGGGCUUUUUUGUGACGGAGGGGGUUGGAAAAAUGAGAAAUGUCUGUCAGGAGCUUUUGCAUCAGUUUUAACAGUGUGUGAAUGAUAAUGAAAGGUGGUAAAGGGAGCGAAUGUAACUCCCCUUUCCUCCAAAUGUGGAGUUUAACCCUGUGUGAAUCAGCAUGAGCUACAGUCGAACAUCAGAGCGCAGGGACCCUUGAGUAAAAACUGCCUGUUGCUCGUCUUCUCUGGGGAAUAAUCAUUUCUAAACAAUCUUUUAGUCUUUUCUGACCACCACCCACCAUGAUUUUUCCUGAACAGUUUUUACACCAAAGUGUCCGACCUGCACGCCGAACUCUACAAAGGCCCAGCGGCUGCCAUGGCGAACCCUCUGGCAGCCUUCACUCUGAUCAAGCGGCUUCACUCAGAGUGGUUGAACGUGGUCAACAGCGAUGAAGCUCAGGAGAACACACAAGGUUUGUGUCUUUGCACACACAUGUGGUGAUGAAAACUAACCCCUCUGUUUCUUUUCUCAGCUGUCCACCACCCACCCCACCCCACCCCACUCCACCCCAGCUAAGUUCACCUUUUGGCCUUCUGCUGUCCAGCCCUCAGGUCCAGUUACGAGGAAGAGGAGGCAGGUUUACCCAAACUGGAGGACCUGCAGGGGGCCGCCAAGGGUCUGAUGAGGCUGCAGGAUGUGUACGCUCUCCAGGUACCCAGUCUGGUCAGGGGUCGUUUCCAGAGGGUCACUGAAGGCGUGCCAGUUGAUGUCUACCUGCCCACAGUGUCUAUCCUGCUGUCUGGUGAUGACUGCUUUCUGGUCGGAAAGGUAAACAGUCCGUCCCUUUACUUAACUACUUCUAAACAUUGAUACUUGGGUGAUUAAAACCCAAAGGUGAGGUGAGUUAAAAAUGAAUAUUUGAUGGUCAGAUUCUGACUGAAAAGCUCGCCUGCUCACUUCACCGUUCAGUGAAACAACGGUGGCCUUUGAGGACAAGAAGCUCCGAUGACAGAUGAUAAAUUUAAUCCUCCAUUUGUCAAAUUUUUGCCAUAAACAGUAUCAAUCAGCUUAAAUUCUAUUGUUCACAACAGCAGUGAUGCUCCUCUUCUUUAUCUUCCAACUUGUACCAACUUGUCAAUACAGCUAAAUAUUACAUAAUGUACCUUUUAAACUUAUAGCCCAAAGUGUUUAGAUACUUAAAGCUCCUGUAAGGAGUUUUUUUUAUGUUAAUGGAAUAGUCCAAAAUUUGUGUCGAUGUUUUUUCAUGAUAUCCAAAAGCAAAUAAGACCAACAGCAACAAGCUUGAAGAUUUUUGUACCUGAACUGUUAAACCCUGAAAUCGCUGUGAGGGGGUAGGUGUUAGCCAAGCAGCUAAAGGUCCUUUCACAAAAUGGACACAAAGUUCCUUAUAGGAGCUUUAGUUACUUUCUAUAACUAAACCUGCUUCAUUUUUUGCAGCAGCUUUGAGUUGUUAUAUUUUGGAUGAGUAUGCAGAUUAUAUUUUAUUAGCUAGGUGGGGUGGCUCUUUAAGCCAUAAAUUCAACAAAAGAACAUAAAACAUUAAAAAUAUAGAGGUCCACCCGUCUCCAGAGAGCACAGCUUUUUCUAAUGAAAUGAUUUAUCAGCAUUUUGUUCUACAAAUGUGAAUAAUGGAGAAUUUAAUCCCUGGACGCCUGAAACAGCUCUGUAAAUAAGAACCAUCUGAGGGCUCUAAAGGGGAAAUAUUUCUUUGUUUGAACUGAUACGAAAUCCUGGCAAUCUGAAACAAGACGAGAGGUCUAAACUGGAAACAGGUUUCUUUUUUGUAAAAGGGGUCAAAAGCUCGACACGUUUGCAUCCACAGGCCUGAGCUCCGUCAGUGCCGCUUGUUGUUAAGUAAAGCUUUUGAAUUAAAGUGGUAUUUCCUUUUUAUAUCUGGAUCAGUAGUUAAAAAAUGGCAUUUGUAAGAAACACUAUUAAAAAUAAUGUACUUUGCACCUUUGUCUUGAAACAGCAAAGACACAAGAUCACUGUGUGUUGAAACCAGCCUGUCAUCCUUUAUUGACACUUUUCCCUGUAAAAAAAAGCGACAAAUCCUUUUUUUAAGUAGCAAAGUUGAAAGCAAUUUGGAGGGAAAGUCUCCAUAACUCCUCGUUCCUGAACUUUGUGAGAUAGUUUUAUUGCGAACCUGUCCUGUCCGUCACUGGGUGGUGGGAAUCCAGACAGUCAGCCUGGAAAAGUGGAAAUCUUCCCAGUGCGUGCCUGGGAAUCUGCUUCACGUGAUGAUGAAUAUACUUUCAUUCCAGGACAGAAAAAAAAACGGUUUCUCCUGCAGUGAAUUCCUCUGUUUAUGUACAGCGCUGAUGUGUAUGGGCAGGGCGCUGUGUGGGAGAGAUUUCCACUCUUAUGGAAAAGACAUUAUCUCAUGAUUGGAGCAAAGAGGCCGGCUUGCCUUCACUUGUACUGAGGCGGAGAUUAUCUGAGGCCAUCUGUAAACAGAGAUGUGUACUGUGGUUUGAGGGUGUUGUCAGUGACAGAGCUGCCUGCAUGGACCUCCAGACGGCUGUUAAACUGAUAAGUGUGCAAGAUUUUAAAGCCCUCUUUUAGUGUAACAAGCUAAUUCUCUCUCAUUAACACUGAAACAUGCAGAUUAUUUACUAUUUUAAGAAUUUAUUUGUCCAAAACGGAAACAAAUUACAGUGUGUUAUGUUGUGAACUUGGUGUAAAUCCAUGGCGGGGUUGAUAAGCUAGUGUUAAGUGGAGCUAAGUGAUAAGUUUGUGUGUUGUGUGUGUGUGUUUUGGGGGUUUAAUAGCACACUGGAAUUUCUGUUUGUGUGCCGUCUGGAGGGUUUGUGGAUGUAAUCUGUGCUGGGAGGAGCCACAUGUCACCCCGUCUCUGUGCGGGUGCUGUCAGGCCUGCAGCCGGCACUAAAUAAAUCAAGUCAAGACUGUCGCAAAAAGGGUUUGAGGAGAGGGUAGGAGGGAGACUGCAGCCUGUGUUUGUGUAAAAAUAAUGCAUAAGGUGUUCUUGUUUGUGUCUCAAUCCAGAGUGUAAGUGAGGCAGGUGUAACAAGAAAUGCCAAGUCUGACGUUAAAGCUCCUAUAAGGAGUUUUUUUUACAUUUAUGAAGUAAACUAAAAACAACUUUGACUGCUUUUAUAUGACUUACCAAAUAUGUAUUACCAACCAUCUUGAAAAACCAGGAAGAGAAGAGUCUACAAUAGCAAAAGCAGGAUCCACUUCUGGCCCUCUGUGGGACAGCCUACAACUGUAAAUAAGAUCUGCACCCACUCUCAAAAGUUCUGGGUCUUUGUUGAAGGACCGCCUCUUUUAUUUGGUCUUCUCUUUUCAUUUUGAACCCUUCAGAUUGUACUGUUUGUUUUUUUCAUUUUAUAAGCACUUGGCUGAACUAAAAGAUCGCUCUGCGUCAUUUUGUGAAGCAAACAUUUAGAAAUAUAUCUGCUUUUUUGUCAGAGAGUUUUCCCUCUUCUUGUCAUCUCUGGAUGGCUGAAGGCAGAAAAUAUUUGCUUGUUUUUAACUGGAAAGACAAAACGAACACACCCCAGUGUCUCUUUGCACUCAUCUGGGGCAGAAAAUAUUGUGCAGACCAUGAAGUCAGCUCUAAAUGAAAACAAAAUCAAGUCUGAACAAACUCUGUGUUUGAUUGUGGAUGUUUCAUAGAAUCCAGACGCUCUCAUGAUGACAUUCUUAGAUAAUCCGAUUAAGAGGAACCUGGGUGCAGCUGAGUAAAUAAGAAGGAGAAUCAGACAGCUACAUGAGUACAUUCAGAAAGCACCAGAAACAAAAUACCAGAUUCAUCCAACGGUUUCUUUGCUGUUCUGCCGUCCUUGUCUGACUGCCAGAUUUGGGUCCAGUUCAAGGUUGUGGCUGAUUUUGGCCGAGAAUCACUUCCAAAUAGCAGUUGUCGGUCAGACUGGCUUUAUCCAGAAGCAGUAACAAGAAUCAGACCAGCUUCUUCUGCCAAAUCCAUCACGUCACUCACCUGGCAUUAUGUUUUACCCCGGCUGGCAUGCUGCUUCAGGCUGCUUUUGGGCUGGACCUCUUCUGCUUCUCCAGUUUACUUGAAAUUGAGUUACUGAUUUUUCCAGUUAAACAACCUGCAGCAGAUUAAAAAAAACACAAACUGCAAAACUUUUUAACUUCAGAGACAAACUGUGCUCAAGAUAGGGUUGAUUUGAUUUAGUGUGGUGUUAUUUUCACAGGUGGCUUAUGAGCAGGAGGACUACUAUCACUCUGUGCAGUGGUUGGAGGAAUCGGUGCGUCUCUUCAGGGGAACAGGAGGCGAGUGGAGCACGGAGAAUGCAGGGACUUUAGAGGACGCCCUGGAUCACCUGGCCUUCUCUCACUUUAAGGUGCAGUAUGUAGAAAAACACUCAGAAAAAAAGUCCACUCAGAAGACAAUUGAUGGAUCACACCCUCUUCUUGUUUCAGACAGGAAACGUGUCCUAUGCUCUCAGUCUGUCUCAGGAGCUUCUGCAUCAUGGUAAAGAUUUUUGUUCAGUUUUAAGUUUUCCCUUUUCCUUUAUUCUGUAAAAAAUGAUGCAUUUGCUCUAUGAUGCAUUUACAUGCUUCUUUGCAGAUCCGCUGAAUGGACGAGUUUUGCAGAAUGUUGAGAAAUAUGAAAAGCUCCUGGUUUCGACUCCACCCAGGUCACUCAGCAGUGAUGGGCUGAGGAGGCCCUCGUCCAAAUACUUACGGACCAGAGACACUUAUGAGAAACUGUGCCAGACCCAAGGCUCUCAGGUAUUUAUACGGAAUCAUCUGGACGCGUACUCGCUGUGAGGAAAAGAGCGAGUGAAUCCAACACCUAUCCUGUUCAUAACUGUUUAAUACUUACCAAAUGUGCAGAAGGAUUCAGUUUUUGUAAAAGCAUCUUAUCCUCCAGGAGCAGAGUACUAAACCCAAAUUUAAAAUGGCAUGCCGAAUGGGGAUAGUUUAUCUUCAAUGCUCAUAACUGUAAGGAUUUGAAAGGUAGAUAUACUCCACCUUUCCCAGGUAAAAAAGUGACCGAAUUACAUUUUGAGAUAUCUUGAGGAAAAUUCAAUAAAAACAAUAGAGAACGUAUUUUCGAUAUGAGAUGAUUUUCUUUGAUAUGUGAAGAUAAUGACGAUUUGAAUAUCUAGAAAUCAUGACACAUCCCUACAAGCAACCUGUUGCAGAAACGUCCAAAUAAUUGGUUUUAAUUGGUUUGUCCUCCAGCCCUUGAUAAGAAAAACAGCCAAUCACAGUCAUGGAAUUCUGGGACAGCCUGUGCCAACCCUCUGGCCACGCCCCAGAUCUUGGCUCAAAAAAUUAGGUUGGAGUGAAGAGUCCGCAGUCAUGUUAAUGACUUUAGCCUUUAGCUCUUAAGCUACAUAGUAUUGUCAACAGGGUCACAGUGGUAAUCCUGGCAUGCUAAUGUUUAGCUAGUAUGAUAAUUACAUCUGUGACAGGUGAGCCUUUCAACAUAAAAGUGUUUGUUUGGAUGCAGCUUAUUUAAGCUCAAGCUGAAUGGAAGGAAAGGAUUUCUGCAAGUAACUGGUCAAAAAACAAAUUAUUGCACAUGUGUAAAUCUGACUGAUUGAGGGAAAUACAAAGUUCAUUCAGUCCCGUUGUCCUGAAAGUCUUGGUAGCUCAACCAAAAGGCCAAAAAGCUCCUGUUUAAACAUUUGAGCAUUUUCCCAGGGUUUAUAGGAACAGAAGUCUGUAAUUUGAGUUUCCCAUAAAAACUCUAAGAUUAUCCUGCAGUCACAUUUGCUUUUAAGCUCGCUGUAUGUGGGACGAGAACAAUACUAAGUAUAAUUGUUUGUGGAUGACAAAGAAACACAAAUCCUGUUUUGAUCUUGUUUUAUUGACUUCAGAUGCCUGCUCUCUUUCCCAGCAGCAGACGCUCUCUAAAAACCCCGGACUCUUCUGCGACUUCUUCACCAACGGUAAUCCGGGUCUGCUGCUGCCGCCGGUGAGACGUGAAGUGCUGAGCCUGCAGCCAUAUGUGGUCCUCUACCACGACUUCAUCACUGACAAAGAGGCCGAGGACAUCAAGGAGCUCGCCCAGUUAGGAGUAAGUGCAGCUGGUUUACAGUGUCUGCCUCAUAACAUCUGGUCCCUAAGCUGAGAGAGUCAUAUUUUUAUAAUUAAUGCUGUGCUUUGAUACAUGAGAUACAUUGUCCAAUGUUUUGUGGAGUUUUGUCAACAAAUAUGAGGAUGAAUUCCUCCAUGUAGGACUCAGAAAGUCUGCAAGAGGUCAGAAGAGGCUAGUGGAGAUUUUGAGGUCAAAAUUACACAAACACACAAAAAUUAAACACUUUACAAAGCGAUUGCCACCAGAAAACUCUUUUCUACUCUUAGCUUCUCCAUGGAUGUAAUUUGUCUCGAGAAACUCCCUUCUGAUCUCAACUAUGUUUGUGAAACUGUUGUGUUGGGAUGUUUUCUUGUGCAUGUUUAUCUUUCCUCAGGCUUCCUGGACAUCUGGUCAGAUGUAAGCAGCCUGUUACUGAGACAUGCACUUGCAGUACAACACCACACCAUCAUCUCUGUCACUACAUAUUUAAUAUUUACUCUAACUUAUAACAUAAAGUAAUGUAGCUGUGUUCACCUGUAGGUUUGCAUUUUAAAAGCUCAGCCACACACGGUAAAAAUCUGUGACUGUAAAGUCAAUACUCAAACUAUUUGUAGUGUAUUAUAUUCCAAUGUAAAUAUUAUUUGACAAUCAACAAGCAUAGUAAGUCCUGAGAUCCCAGCCAACCAUGUUCCUUUUCCUUCUGGAAAGGUCCUGGAAAGACCCUAUGGAAGAAGAGUUGGUUCACUUCCAAAACAUUUAGCAGGGCUUAAAGGCAUGAGGGAUACAUUACUGGGAAAACUUGGCUGAGCGUGUCAAACUGUCCAAAACACACAGACCGGCUCCUCUGUUUAAUUCUCUCCCCUCUUUCAUCGAGUCUCAGCAUGUAUCAGAAAAAUCCAACAGUUUUUGCUCAUCUCAUGGAAACUCGCAGUCCUCUGUCCCCACACUGAGCUGAUUCAGUGACUUCAGGGAAUAUUUGGUGGGCUAACUCAGCCAGUGCCCUAUAGUCUCUGUGAGGUUUUGGCUUUGUUGGAUGUGAUUUCCAUCCUUUGCUGGGAUGGAAACCCCUGUAUUUAUUCCAUCAUUAUGUCAGCUCGUGGCCUUAUUGGAAACAGGCCUGGGGUAUGGUAUUAGUUUGAGGCAGAGAUCAGAAUUUAUUAACCAUGCAUGUGGUUUUUACUUUGCAUCUAUUACUCAAAAUGACAGUGUUUCUCUUACCAUUUUCAUUUUGGAGUAGUUUGUGUGAUCCUGUUAUAGUCAGGGUUGAUCACAGUCAUGGCCUGGAAGUGAUCAAGAGCUUGAUCUGCAGCUAACCUAAAAUAUUGUGUUACCAGUUUGUCUCCAGUUAUCAGAGUAUGUGGCCACUGUAAAUCAGAAAACAUGCUCUACUAAAUUAGCAAAACACCGUAUGAUCGUCCAGCAAGUCCAAAUAAAUCACAAAGGAUUACAUUUGAGAAGGAAGUCCAAAACAUCUGGACUUCCUCUGACUCCUUUCCAGAAAGAUCGUAUAAAUGCUAUAGCCGUAUUUUUUCUUUAUUCAUGAUGAUUUGAGUACAGGAAGUGUUUUUUUACCCCUUUACAAUCCAUCGUUUCUUCUUUUAAAUCAACAUUUUUUGAUUUUCUCUUUGUUUUCAUCCUCGACACAUAUUUGGAGUGUAGUUUAAUGCUUUUGCUCACGUUUCUGGAGGGUUUUGCAGCUGGAAAUCAAAGUUUGGCUGCAGUUUCAAUGACAACGUUUCUUUCCGAAAUUUCUGUCUUUGCUUUGAAGUUGAGACGAUCGGUUGUGGCAUCUGGAGAGAAACAAGCAACGGCAGAGUAUCGCAUCAGCAAGAGGUACAAAUGACUCAUGAUGCUUUUGUUUGUUAUGGUACGCUUCAGUUAUUCGGCUCAGUUUCAUGCUUGUCUGCUUUGCUGCGAUGCCAAUAAAACAUAUGUGAUGUGACAAACUCAACUACUUUCAAAUUAUACAUGAUGAAACUUUUUGUCUUUUUUUUUUGAAGUGCAUGGCUGAAAGGCUCAGCACAGUCCACUGUUGGGAGGCUGGAUCACAGGAUCUCCAUGCUCACAGGCCUGAACGCGAAACAUCCGUACGGCGAAUACCUUCAAGUUGUGAAUUAUGGGAUUGGCGGGCAUUAUGAGCCUCACUUUGAUCACGCUACAGUAAGGCGAUCACUUUGUUGAAUUGUUGUUGCCACGGAACUGAAAUUUGAUGUUGCUUGUGCUCACAUUAAUAAUGGUUUAUCUACUUGCAGUCACCUUCGAGUCCUGUCUUCAAGCUGAAAACUGGGAAUCGACUCGCAACCUUCAUGAUAUACGUGAGUUAAGAGGCUCUCACUACUUUUUUAGCUAUGUGUGUGUGAGUCAAACAGCAGCCAGAGGUUCUUGGGCAGGUUCCUGCUCCUGUUGGUCCUUUUCCAUGAGUCCUGAGAAACGUGAUGUGAAGUGACCUCACUGCCUGAAAUAAACUUUUAUUGAUGUUCUGUCGUUUAACCGACAUAACCUCAGCUUGUUUUCUCCCUGCUCCCCUGAAUAUCACCUACUUUUUACCCUUUUAUGAGCUUAUUUAUUCCAUUAUGACUAAUCUGUUAAGUGCACCUUGACUGUGUUUUUGGAACUGCUAUGCACUUUAUAACCUACUGUGAUCGUUUCAGUUUAAUUCAACAGCAAUUUAAGUAAGAAGGCCUAUUCUCAGGCUUUUAUAAUCGUGCAGCAGACAGAGUUGCUUUUUAUAACAUGAGCGGCAUGACUCUGAAAAAUCUCUAUUUAUUUCCACAGCUCAGCUCGGUGGAGGCGGGCGGAUCCACGGCUUUCAUCUACGCCAACUUCAGCGUUCCUGUCGUGGAGGUAACUUCUCUGCACGUGUCUGAGAUGAGCUAAAAGGAGCCUCCUUUGUCCUCUUGUCAUCUUUGUCUCAAGCUGGAUUAUCCGCGUCCCACUCAAAUUCUCUGAUGCAGCUGUCAAAAUGCUGAAGGGUCAGUUUACAAGAACAACAGCACAAGAUUUCUCUAACAAUAAAGCUUUUGUUAAAAACUGAUGGGGCUUCGGGGGAGGAUGAGGCGGUUUUUUAGCGGACACAUGAGCUCCAGUGUGAAGAUUACGAGGUCCUCUCUUUGUUUCUCACCUUUCACCUUCGAUUUUAUUGAAAUCCGGCUCCCGGGAAGUUCACACCCACCAAAACUAAACUUAAUAAACUGUUAAAAGGUAGAGUAUCAAUGUAAGCUGCGUUUUUGAUUAACUUUGAGUUACUCAUUUUCAAAUUUAAUCUCUCCAGUAAAAAAUUUUAGUUAAUUUUGACUGAUGAGCAAAUAAUGAAUGAGUGAAAAAGUACGUUGUGCAUUCGUUCAGUCAGGCAAAUGCAGUGAAGAGGAAAUAGUCUGUCAAAAAAUGAUUCAAGCGUCACUUACAAAAGUAGAGGUGCGACAGAUGAACCACGAUUCUUUUGGCCUUUUACUUCAAACUUAUACAAACACAAGAAAGAUGCCUGUAUGUCUGUCAGUACUGACUCUACAUGGGAUUAAAGGGAGGCAGGGUUACAACCACAGUUCAAUAUUUAGCAUAUGAAGGGUUAUAAGAGGAAGGAUUGCUUUUACCCCACAGCGUAACCAAAAACCAAGGAGCAGAUCACACCUGAAAACACCGGUUGCAGCAUUAUGAUGCUUAGGUGAUCUGUGUAAAAUCCUUUUAUGAUACCAUACAGACUUUCAUGGUUGAAAUAAUGAGUCAAACACUCACUGAUAUAAACUUUAAUUGCACCACAAAGAUCUUCUCUUGUAGACAAAGCAUCACUCCCCUCACACAAACACUGAUGUAAGAGAGUAGCGUCAAUAAUUACAAUAAUUACUGCUAUUAUUAUAAAAAAAAAACAAAUAAUUGCAGCAAUUCGCCACUGGGUGUUUUGUAAAUGCUACUUUGACAAAACUGUGUUUCUUAUUUUCUAUACUGUCCCUCCCAGAAAGCUGUUGCACUCUGGUAAAUUUGUAGAGUGGUCCAGCUUGAUGAUAGUUAUUAAUUUUGACUUUGACAAUAUUUUAAGUUGGUAAAAGCUUUUAAUUUAGAUUUUUAACUUCACAGAGAGCUGCUGUCUUCUGGUGGAACCUCCACAGAAAUGGUGAAGGAGAUGAAGACACGCUGCACGCUGGCUGUCCGGUGCUCAUUGGAGACAAAUGGGGUGAGAGUCAGUAGAUUUAAUACGAUGUGAUGAUGCUGUCAAAAUAACCCAAAAUUGAAUAUGGAAAAUUGCAUAACGUAUCAGAACACUUGAUCCCCUAAAAGAGAUAAUGCUCUCCUCCAUCUAAAUCACAGUUUGUUAUUCAGCUCUCCUGUUACACAGAAGCUGAUGCCCAAGAGCUGGGUCACAUCUGUGCUGAAUUAUGUGUUUGGAGAUGUAACAGAGUGCAGUCCAGACACUGAGCGCUCAUCUUGAAAGGUGAACAUCUGCUGCCGGUUGGCCCUGAACACUGAAACGUGUCGGGGACCCAGUUAAACUAGCAGGAGGAUAUUAAUCUUCGUGAAGCAGCUGCGAAAGCAUUUGGUGGCUGUUGUUUCAAGCAACUACAUAUAUCAUCACAGCGAAUGUUUAGGCAGCACUUGCCAAACAUAAUUAACCAAGUUUCUAAAUGAAUCUUUGUAGACAUUAUUUCAACACUCUCGCACGUUUCUGUUUGUUCCAGUGGCAAACAAGUGGAUCCACGAGUACGGCCAAGAGUUCCAGCAUCGCUGCAGCCUCAACCCUGAGGAGUGA